AUGAAUGGAGAUAAUGUCUUGCAAACUUCGCCGAUGCAACAAUUGCUGGCGGUGGCCGCCGCCGGCAACAACCCUAACCGGCGGUGGAGUCAGCUGACCGCCACCACACCUCCUCCUUCGAACCACUUGGCUAAGGUGUCGCCACCACCCCAUUUCUUCCUUCCCCAAAAUGAACCACCACCUUCAUUGCUUUCAUGGCACCAUGAUCAUCAUAAUAAUCAAGAAUUCCAAGAUUCUUCACUUAGCCAAUUGCUCAUGAGUGGAUUGGUGGGGGAUGAAGAAGAUGAUAAACUGGGUUUGACCCAAAUGCAGAAAGUGAAGAAACUGGAGAACUGGGAAGAACAAGUGUUGCAUGAUGAUGAUCGGAAGCUUUCUGCAAAUGGUGGUUCUUCCAUGGUGGUGAAACAGGAAGCUUCUUUUGAUAGAUAUGGAUAUGGGGAAGAUGACGAUGAAUUUGGAGGUGUAAAACCAGCAAAUUGGUCUGAUCAGAUGAUCCAAUCUUUGUGCCCUAAUUCUUGUCUUAUCACCAGAAACAAAACAGAUGGAAGAUCUGCAGCUGAUCAUGGGUCUUCCGAGAGCAAUUGCAGUGGUAGUGGUGGGUCAAGCAAGAAAGCAAAAGUUGAACCACCUUCUUCAACCCAAUCUACAUUUAAGGUAAAGAAAGAAAAAUUAGGAGACAGAAUAACAGCACUUCACCAAAUGGUUUCCCCAUUUGGAAAGACGGACACUGCUUCUGUAUUAUUAGAAGUUAUGGGUUACAUAAAAUUCCUUGAAGCUCAAAUUCAGGCACUCAGCUUACCAUACUUUGGGAUUCAAUUAGCAAACAUGACACCCCAAAAACACUCUGAUUGUGAUGAAGAACCAAGGAAGAAUUUGAAGAGUGUUGGCUUAUGCCUAGUUCCAGUAUCGUGCACCAUGCAAGUCGGUAGUGACAACGGCGCCGAUUAUUGGGCUCCAGCCAACAACCUUCAGCUGUAAACGGAACUAUCUGAUCAGCCAACAAAGUUCAUUAGCUAGGUUUAGGUUUAAUUUGACUGCACAGAGACGUUGGUCAUGAUGAUAUGCGUUUUCUUGGUGACAGGAUGAUUAUCUGUCUAUGUUAUAAGCAUGUUAUUAUCUUUUUUGCAUUUUUAGCAAUCAUGU